AUGGAGGCUGCGAAGAGGCCGCGGUUGAGGCUGAGCCGCCGGAGGCCGCCCUCGGAGGACGGGCCCCCCGCCCCGCCCCCUGGCCGCCCCGCGCCCCCGGCGGGCAGCGAGGACUCGCCGUGGACGGAGCUGCUGCGGACGGCGGGCGCCGAGCUGCACGUGGACGGCGAGGUGCCGCCUCUGCCCGCCUUCCCCGGCCAGGAGCCGGGCCCGGAGCCCGCGGCGCCCCUCGAGGUCUUCUCCGUCGGACCCCAGACCUUUUCCUGGCCGCCCUUUCCGCAGGCCGCGGGGCGCCCGGGCGCAGGGGAGCGCCUGGGGACCCCCACCCGGUCCCCGCGGCCCGAGAGCCCGAGCACGCCGCCGGGGGCGCCGGCCCUGCGGAACUGCCCCAUGUGCCAGCAGGAGUUCGGCCCCGAGCUGGUGCAGCUGGACAUCGACAGCCACCUGGCGCAGUGCCUGGCAGAGAGCACGGAGGACGUGCUUUGGUGACCGCAGGCACCCAGCCCCUUCUGCCUGUGCGUCUGGGUGGGGCGGUGUCCGGCCCGCCCGUGUCCCACCAAGGCGCAGGAGGGGCUCCCCGGAGGG